UUAAGAACCGUAAGCUGAGUUCACUAAUUCUGAGUUCGUGAUCUGUUUGUGUUACUUAAAUCGAUUAUUUAUUGUGCAUAAGAUAUGGCUACCAAACAUUAUUUAAAUCACUGUGAUCGUAAUGAUUCAGAAUCUUUUGAAGAGUCAGAUGAAAAAUCUUAUCGUAAAACUCAAUGGGUUAAAUUAAACGUCGGUGGAACAUAUUUCUUAACGACUAAAACUACUCUUUGCCGUGACCCCAACUCGUUUUUAUACCGGUUAUGUCAGGAAGAUCCGGAUUUAAAUUCCGAUAAGGAUGAAACUGGAGCAUAUUUGAUUGAUCGAGAUCCAACUUACUUCGGACCUGUUUUAAAUUAUUUGCGCCAUGGGAAACUUGUAAUUAACAAAAACUUGGCUGAAGAAGGCGUACUAGAAGAAGCAGAGUUUUAUAAUAUAACAGAUUUAAUUCGUCUUGUGAAAGAGAAGAUAAAAGAGAAGCAUGUUAAAAUGAGCAAGAAUGACUCUCGAAAACAUGUAUACAGAGUUCUGCAGUGCCAUGAAGAUGAACUUACUCAGAUGGUUUCCACUAUGUCUGAUGGGUGGAAGUUUGAACAGCUGAUCAACAUUGGUUCAUCAUACAAUUAUGGAAAUGAAGAUCAUGCUGAGUUUCUGUGUGUUGUGUCUCGUGAGUAUCCUGGAUCAUCAUCCAUUUCAUCAGAAUUUGAGCCAACUGAUCGAGCCAAAUUCAGGUAUGUUAACCAACCUGUUUCUAAAAGCAAACGUCUCCUCAAAGCUAAUUUCCUUGAAUCACCUGGUUCUAAUGGCAAUGUUUUGAAUGGUAAUCUUACAACAUAG